CAGCGGGAGAAGUGUUGGCCCCUCUGGGAACACGAAUUCUCAAAUUCCUUCGGGUCAAAGUACAUAUGGUUUGACUGCACCUAACUCCACUGUUACUGCACCAACACCAGUUAUGACACCUGCAGUAACAAGCUCUACUACAGCCAGACCCCAAGAAUCAUCUGCUACUUUCGGUGCUCGUGUUUCAGAUGGUCCAUCCAGUCAAUUGGUGGCCAAGGAUCCCAAGGAACUGGCUGCAUCAGGAAACGGGUUUGCCUCUGACUCACUUUUCGGAGAUGUCUUUUCAGUUGCUCCCACGCAGCCAAAACAACAUACUACGGGAACUGCAUCAACAAUGGGCAUCUCAUCUGUUUCUGCUGGAACUGUCAAAGCCCCUGAGAUCACACAGCCUGUAGUUAGGCAAAGUUCAAUCCCACAACAGGGUUCAUUGGGCCAGCAUGCUGUUGGCGUUCAGAAUCAGCUGACUGGAAAUUCAGGGCAACCAUAUGCUCCCUCAGGUGUGGCUUCUGGUCCACCUGGCUCUUCUGUUGGAGUUGGAAUUUCAGCUUCCAGUCAAUUGGCCCAGCGUCCACCCCACCCCCACUCCCAACAACCCCGGCCCCAAGUUCACUCCCAACAACAACCCCGGCCCCAAGUCCACUCCCAACCCCCUUGGCCAAAAAUGACUCCAGCUGAUGUCCAGAAAUAUACCAAGGUUUUUGUUCAAGUUGACACUGAUAGGGACGGAAAGAUCACUGGGAACCAGGCUCGGAAUCUGUUCUUAAGUUGGAGGCUUCCAAGAGAGGCUUUGAAGCAGGUAUGGGAUUUAUCUGAUCAAGAUAAUGACAGCAUGCUCUCCUUGCGGGAGUUCUGUAUUGCGGUCUAUUUAAUGGAGCGUAACAGAGAGGGCCGACCUCUUCCUCCAAUGUUCCCAAGCUCUAUAAUACAUAGUGAGAGCAUGUUUACCGCUCCUGGUCAAUCUGGGGCACCGCAUGGCAAUGCAUCCUGGGGACAUCCACAUGGUUUCCAACAGCAACAACCUCCUGGGGCCUUGAGGCCACCAGCUGGUCCCAAAGGAAAGCCUCCAAGGCCAGGUCCUCUAUCCUCUAGUGAUGGAAUGGUCCCGCCCACUCAGCCGAAACGUAAAAUGCCUGAGUUGGAAAAACAGCUGGUGGAUCAACUUAGCAAGGAGGAGCAGGAGUCACUCAACUCGAAGUUUGAAGAAGCAACUGCUGUUGAUAAAAAGGUGGAUGAACUCGAAAAAGAAAUAGCUGAUUCUAAGCAGAAAAUUGAUUUCUUCCGUGCUAAGAUGCAAGAACUUGUUUUAUACAAAAGCAGAUGUGACAACCGGUACAAUGAGAUCACAGAGAGAGUAUCUGGUGAUAAACGUGAGCUUGAAUCUCUAGCAAAAAAAUACGAGGAGAAAUACAAGAAGUCUGGUAAUGUUGGCUCUAAAUUAACUAUUGAAGAGGCCACAUUCCGUGAUAUACAGGAGAAGAAAAUGGAAUUGUACCAGGCAAUAGUCAAAUUUGAAGAAGGCAAACUUGAUGAUAGUGUUAUUAAGGAGCGCACUGAACACAUCCAAUCAGGCCUUGAGGAACUGAUUAAAAAUUUGAAUGAGCGCUGCAAACAAUAUGGAGUACGUGGGAAACCCACUUCUCUGGUUGAGCUUCCUUUCGGUUGGCAGCCUGGAAUCCAGGAAGGUACUGCUGAUUGGGAUGAAGACUGGGAUAAGCUAGAGGAGGAAGGAUUUACCUUUGUCAAGGAGCUGACACUUGAUAUCCAAAAUGUCAUAGCCCCACCAAAGGAAAAAUCAUCAGCGUGGAAGAAUGAAGUCACUGCCUCUACAAAAGAAGGUGAAGAUGUUUUAUCUUCAGAUGCUGACUCCAAAACGGGGAAAAAGCAAAGCAGUGGUGAAGAGGCUUCUGAGAAGGAACCAACAUCGGAGCAGCCAGAGGGUAAAACAUCCGAUAUUAAUGCCAGAGAUAAAAACGGAUCUCUGGAUGACUCUAAUGUUAGAAAUGGUAUUGAAGCUGAUAGUUCACCCAGAACUAAAGAUACGAGGAGUGAAAAUGGCCAUGAUGAUGGUGAAUCUACUGCUCCUGCUGGCAAAACUGUAAAUUAUGACUCUCACGAUGAGACAGAUUCAGUUUCAAGCUUCAACCCUGACAACGGAAAGGACAAGGAUCAUGAGAAGUAUGACAGUGGUUUUGGCUUUGGAUUUGGAUUUGAUGACUUCAGUAUUAAGCCUAUAAAAACCGGUUCGACCAUUUCAAAUGACUUCCUCCCUCCUAAGUUAUCUAUAUUUGCUGAUUCCGUCCCAAGCACACCAGCAAAUGCAAACGACGUUUCCCCUGCAAAACCUUCUGUGUUUGAUUCAGUUCCGAGCACUCCAGCGACGAACAAUGCCUCUUACGCAGGACAGAGAUCAUUCUUUGAUGACUCUGUCCCGAGCACUCCAGCUUAUCCAGGCAAUUUGUUUGCCGAGAAGAAAUCCUUCUUUGACGAUUCUGUCCCGAGCACUCCUGCUUAUCCAGGCAACUUGUUUGCCGAGAAGAAAUCAUUUUUCGAUGACUCUGUCCCGAGCACUCCUGCUUAUAGCACGUCUGAUUUUGGUGGGAAGCCAUUUGCAUCAGAGACUCCUCGUUCAGACAACUUGUUCCCAGGAAGAAGCCCCUUCAUGUUUGACUCUGUUCCAAGUACACCUGCACACGAUGAUUUCUCUACCAACAGCUUCUCCCGCUUCGAUUCAUUCAACAGCAACAACAACGACGCUUUCUCUCUAUCCCGCACAGACUCGAUGCGUAGCACGAGCGAGCCUGACCCAUUUGCAUCCAGGUUUGAUUCGUUCAACUAUCAAAGAUAUGAUUCCUUCAAUGCACAAAGCUUUGAUUCAUCCGGCAACAACAACGCAUCCGAGACACCUAAAGCCUCAUUGACGAGAUUCGACUCAAUGGGAAGCACAAGAGACUCUGAUUACAGUCAUGGGUUUGGGUUUGACGACCAUGACCCAUUUGGUUCUACAGGACCAUUCAAAACAACGACAACUUCAGCAGAGACACCACGGAGUUCUUCUGAUAAUUGGAAUGCCUUCUAGUCCCCAACCAAGCCCACGUGUGUGACAAUGAAGAAUAUGAUCCACAUAUCAUAUACAUUGCUGCUUUUUAUAGUUGGAAUUUACCAGUCGAAGAGUUAUUAUGUAUCUUCCAUUUCUUUAUUUUCCCCCUUUGCUUGCUUCAUUUUUUAUUGUUAAUAUAUAAUUUUUUUUGUCUUUUCUUUUUAAGGAUUAUUCUUUUUUUUUUUGGGAGAGAGUGUCCUAUUGUUCUUUGAGUAGCGUUCGUUUUCCUUGGGUUUCUUUGUUUGUUAUGAUGAAUAAUGGAUUCUUCUUAUUUGUCCCUGUGAAACCUUCUACUGUACCUUUGUAAUCGUAUGGAUACUAUUCAGAUAUUUGUUAUACGUUAGAUUGAUUGGUAA